CGCAGGACUGCUCUGUCUUCUGUUUUCAGUGAGUCAAAAGUGGACGUUUCUCUCAUUCCGUCUCAGCUAGUGAGGAGACUUCAGCCCAGUGCCAACCAGAGAGACAGAGCAAGAAUCUAAAUCCACAUAUAAAAUUUAUAUGACUUGAAAAGAUUGUCCCUCUUGCAAUGAAAAGCGCACAAAUGGACAAAAAGGUGUUUUUAUUAACAGGAGGUUGUGGCUACUUUGGAUUUCGCCUUGCAUGUGCUUUGCAUAAAAGAGGAGCCAGAAUCAUUCUGUUCGACAACGUUCAUCCAAGCCAAGAACUGCCUGCAGACAUGAUGUUUGUGCACGGAGAUAUACGUGAAUAUGCACAAGUUGAGAAAGCCGUGUUUGGUGUAGAUUGUGUGUUCCACAUUGCCUCCUAUGGUAUGUCUGGUAGAGAGCAGCUGAACAGACACCUGAUUGAGGCAGUCAAUGUUCAGGGGACGAAGAACAUCCUGAAAGCUUGUGUGGAGAAUGGAGUAUCGAGGCUGGUGUAUACCAGCACUUUCAAUGUGGUGUUUGGAGGCCAAGUGAUAGAAAACGGGGAUGAAAGCCUUCCUUAUCUGCCACUCCACCUUCAUCCCGACCACUACUCCAAAACCAAGUCCUUGGCUGAAAUGGCGGUGCUAGAGGCAAAUGGAGCAGCUCUAUUUGGGAGCUCUGAGGUACUGAGAACCUGUGCCCUGCGCCCAGCGGGUAUCUAUGGACCAGGUGAACAGAGGCACCUGCCUAGGAUAGUUAGCUACAUAGAGAGGGGGAUCUUUAGGUUUGUUUAUGGUAGUCCCAGCAGCUUGGUGGAGUUUGUCCAUGUGGAUAACUUGGUAUCGGCCCACAUGCUUGCUGCAGAGGCUCUGACAUCAGAGAAGCAGCACCGCUCUGCUGGCCAGGCUUACUUUAUUUCUGACGGCAGGCCUGUCAAUAACUUUGAAUUCUUCAGACCUCUGGUUGAAGGCUUGGGCUAUCCUUUCCCCAAACUGCGCCUCCCCAUCUCCCUCAUCUAUCUUUUUGCCUUUCUCACUGAAAUAAUUCACCUCCUCAUUGGCCCGUUCUACAACUUUCAGCCCCUGCUGACGCGCACAGAGGUGUAUAAAACUGGCGUUACACAUUACUUCAGCAUGGUGAAAGCCAGAGCGGAGCUCGAAUACGAGCCGCAGGAGCACAACCUGGACGAGGUGGUGCAGUGGUUCAAAAGCAGAGGCCAUGGGAAGAGAUGUCAUAGUUCCUUCUUCAGGAGAUUUAUACUAAACAUUCUGUUUGUUUCUGCUUUUACUGCUGUGGUUCUGUCUUUUCUGCCAGUUGCUGGCAGCUGGUAAAAAGCAUAUCACGCUUCAGUCAGUCAAUCAAACUUUAUACAGCACUUUCACGGUCAACUGUAACACAAAGUGCUUCAGAUCCCUAACAAAGACUUUUUAAUAGAUACUUUGCUUUUCCUAAUUGAUAUAAAACAUUCUUCUUACAAAAAAAGCAGAAAUCGACCAAGUGUCUUCUUUAAAGCUAAAAAAGAACCUCUGGGAACAACCUGUCUUUGUUGCUUAUAAUAACUCAACCAACACUACCUCUCUCUUUUCAGUCAACCUAUACGGAUAAAGAUUGAUAAUUAGUCAUUUCUUAAUGGUUUAUUAAUAUACUUCAACAGUAUUUUAAGAUGUCUUUCAUCUGUGUUCAACAUUCAGUGGGGAGUGUUAUUUUUUAUGUAAAACUAAUGUUUUAGGAAAAAAAGACAGUUAGGUUAAGAUUUUGUAGACUUUCUUAUAUGAGCUGCAAAAAUGUUGUGCUCUCUCAGUAGGAGAUAUUCAUGAUCAAUAACAGUUCGAAGCAAUUAGCUGGGUUUACAUGGAUAAUUACUUUUUAGAGAUUGGCCGUAAAUGACCAACUAUCUUUGGCUGUACUAUAAUAUUAUUUGGGUUGAAUUGCAUUGUAUGUAACUGGAUUUGAAUGUGACUAUAUGAAUGUUUUGGAUUGUUGUAAACUGAAUUUAUCUAUAUUCGGACCAAAUUUGAUUCUAUACAUCUGCAGAUGAAUUGGAUCUCUUUGUAAAGUGCCUUGAGAUAACAUCUGUUGUACUUUCACACUAUAUAAAUAAACGGAAUUUAGUUGUUUGUA